AUGGCUGGAAAGAGACUCCGUUGCUCCGCCAAGGAGUGCAGGGAACCUGCUCAGCGCAUCGUCGGCGACUGCGGCUUCUGCCAGGGUCACUUUUGCGGAAAGCACCGCCUCUUGGAAGACCACAAGUGCAGCGGUCUCGAGGAUUGCAAGAAGCAAUCUCAUGAGCGCAACGCCGCCCAGCUCGAGUCUGAGCGAACCCAGGUCAUCCGUGGCGUAUAG